UUCAAAAUACCACCCCUGGCUGCUGGGUCUUCCGUCUUGUGUGUGGUGUUGUUUGGUGCCUUCAUUUUUAUAACGACGUGUUUUGCAUUUCGUAACACUUAACAAACCAGCGGCUUGGAGGAAUCGUAUUUUGAUUUUUUCCUAGAAUUUUUCAAGUUCAGAAUUCUCAAACAGUUUCCUGGUUUGGGGUAUAUAGCUUUUUGUUCUUGUUUUGUUUUAGUAGGUCAGAAGCACAGGAAGCCAAUCAAAUUCUCUUUUUUUUUAUUCCCAAUAUCUUCAGUUUACAGCAGAGUCAUGGCCAAUCGUGGGAAUCAAGCUGGAACAGCAACAGCAGCAGCCGGUGGAGCUGCACAGCGACCAAAUGGUGCCACACAGGGCAAAAUCUGCCAGUUCAAACUGGUGCUUCUCGGUGAGUCUGCAGUGGGAAAGUCCAGUCUGGUUCUCCGUUUUGUCAAAGGACAGUUCCAUGAAUACCAGGAGAGUACCAUCGGAGCGGCUUUCUUGACACAGACAGUCUGUUUGGAUGACACAACUGUCAAAUUUGAGAUUUGGGAUACUGCUGGCCAGGAACGAUACCACAGUCUUGCCCCCAUGUAUUACAGAGGGGCACAGGCGGCUAUUGUAGUGUACGACAUAACAAACCAAGACACUUUUGGCCGGGCCAAGGUCUGGGUGAAAGAGUUGCAACGUCAAGCCUCCCCUAACAUUGUCAUUGCCUUGGCGGGCAACAAAGCCGACUUGGCCGCUAAACGUGCUGUUGAAUUUGACGAAGCUAAAGGCUACGCCGAAGAAAACGGACUUCUAUUUAUGGAAACGUCAGCCAAGACGGCCAUGAACGUCAACGACAUCUUCUUGGCUAUCGCCAAGAAACUACCUAAGAACGACGGAGCUGGAGGUGUUGGCGGAAGCAGUGGGCAGGGUAGGAGGCUAGACAGAGCUGAAGACGGCAACAAACCAGCUUCCUCGUGCUGCAAGUGAUCACGAAAUAAUUAAACAACAAAAAAAAGAAACUAAACAAAGAAAAAAAACACAUACUACACACAUUUAUGAAAGACAACAAAAACAACAAAAAAACCAUAUAUUAAAAAAAAAGAAAAAAUCAUCCGUUCUUUGUUUUCUUUGUUUUUUCCACACGCGGGGAUCCAAUUCCUUUUCUUUCUUAUUAUUAUUUUUCCCUAAUUUUUUUUUUUGUAAACCAUCAAAAGGACUUUUAUAUCAUAUCCCUUUACAGCAUCCCCCUCCCCCCAUCAGAAUAUAAUUUGCAGCAUUUAAAUAGUUACAACCUUUUUUGGGGAUUAUCCGUUGUGUCGAUCGUUUAUUUUUUAAUUUUUUUUUUAUUCAAACGGAGCAGCGACAUUCCAAAUUAAAUGGCGAAUUUGAAUUGGAAAAGAAAACAAGGCAAGGGUUUACAAAAAAUAAUGGCCUGACUCUGUAUUAUUAAAUCUCCCGACCAUCAUCAACCAUGUUUUUUUUCUAUUUUGGUUUUUACAUAACACACACCUUUUUUCCCCCCACGUUUUUACUUCAAACAAACUUGUGUGAUGGUUCUUUUUUCUCGUGUGUAGAAUUUCUUCCCCCCGUUUCUUUUGUGUAUACUCGAACCUCCCCCCCGCCCUUCAAAACUUUUGUAUAUCAAGCUUUGUGAAACCUUGAUUACCUUUUUUUUUUUUUAUAUACAAAUCAAUGUAGGUGUUCCACACAUUUCUUCUCUAUAUACCUAUUUAGCUUUUUCUCUCCUUGAUCAUGAUCGUGGCCCUCCCAAUAUCUUUCGAAUAAUGUCCUAACUUGGAUAUCGUGUAAGUAACGCUGCUAUAUCAGGAAAUGUACAUUUCUUGCCUUG